UCUUCCAAAAGUUCUGGCAUCCUUGGUCGCUUGGGUUGGGCGUGUUUACAUUCCACUAGAUCUAAUUUAAAUGUAAUUUACUAAUUUUAAUUCAAAACUUAUUAAUAAUUGCUUAUUGUGCCUUAAAAAAUGCAUUCCACGAAAGUGUUUUUGUCACUGUUAGUUUUGCUGAUAGCAGUUGAAAAAGGUAUGGCAAUCUGGUGCUACCGUUGCACCUCGGCAACACCCGGCUGCGGGGACAAUUUUAACUGGCGCGGUAUCGGCUACCUAGGUGAUCCCUGCCCCGAGGAUGACGAUAUAUGUGUCAAAGUGACUGAACGCAAAGGCACAACGGAAACUAUCACCCGUGACUGCUUGAGUGCCCUGCAGGCAUUCCGAACGGACAUUCCGGCCGAUAAGUACGAAGGCUGUCGGCCAGCCGCUAAGGACGAGCAAUUGGCUCACUAUGUGAACAAUUCAAUCAAACAACUGGACGUAAAGCGGGACUACUUUGAACGCACUACGUUUUGCUUCUGCUUUUUGGAUCAUCGAUGCAACGGAGCUUCGCGGAAAGAAUCGGCAAUCUGGGUGGCGGUGUCGCUAGUUCUGGGGAUGUUCAUCGUACGCCGAUCGAUACUGUGAUGGUUGCGGUGUUGAUUGUAGCCCUUAUUUUUGAAUACGUUGUAUCGUCGUUGUUGAUCGGAAUCGAUUCGAACGAACAAAGCCUCCAAAACACACAUAUUGAAAUUAACCUAAUACCAGCAUAGGGGCUUAUUCUGCGAGGCAAACAGCAUGACACGGUGAAUAUGCUGCUAUUCGCGCUCGUUUCGAUAUUAGUCGGAUUGAACCGAAUGACGUACAAGUUUCAAGAUGAAUCCUUUUCAGAAUCGAUUCGAUCAAUAAUUCGACGCUUUGUAUACAGAAAUAUGGUUUUGUAAAUGAACCGUUCUAACAGUAAGAAAACAAUUGAUAACUAUAUCCGUCCGUUUAGAUAUAGGAACAGAAAUUUUUAUAAUCUCGGUUUAAUGUUUAAUGAACAAGCCUUUGAUACCGUUGUGCCGUCCGGAUCAACUCAAAAUCAACAAGUAAGUAAACAGAACUACAAUUUUAAUACAUUAUUUUAAUUGAAAAAGAGAAAAAUACAUCAUGAAUGUAGCAAAUUAG